AUGAUUAAUCAAUUCAUAUAAUAAGCUUUUGAAGAUCCAUUUUGUCCUUAAAUCAAAGCCACUGCAGUAAAAUUAAACUAGCCAUAAACCUCUCCUAUUUUUCAUGUUGAUUGCAAAAUUACAAAAAAGAAAAUUUGUACUUGUUAAAACUUUUGCUCAAUUCCAUUUAUUCCAUAGUAAAAUUAGAGAGCCUUAUAAGUUUUCUUAUAACAUGAAUUAGAGGGUUUGAAAUUAUAGGAUUUUAAAGAAGCAUAAUUAUUAGUAAAUCUAUUGUAUAUUAAUUAAUAGCACGAUUUCUAUUAGGAGAAAAUUGAGAAUACAUAAGAAGUUGAAAAACCCUCUUGA